AUGAAAGGGGAAAUUAUAACGAAAUUAGGGUUGAACGUGAGUGACGGUUCAACUUCUCAUACAAGAACUUCCUCCUUUCUCUCAAACGCGAACAUCGAUGGACAACCUCCUCUUCUCCGGAGAGAGAAGUCUGAUGCUCCUUCAACAGUGAUGCCGAAGUUGAGAAAUCCAAAGAAAGCUCCACAAAAAGAAUCAAGUAUACACUUUUGCUUCGAUCCUCCUUCUUCUGAUUUUGAAUCUUCUUCAUAUUUCUCUGAAUCACUGUGUUUUUAUUAUGGUGAUGAUAUGGUGUUGACACGUAGGCUGAAACAUACUACUAUGCGAUAUUCUUCAUGGAAGCAGAAUCUUGGUGCUGAUAUUGAUUCGUUGAUGUUGAAUCAGUUGCAGCUGCGAACGCGUUUGCGAUGA